GGCGGUCUAGGUGGCUUCGGGUUGGAAUUAGCAGACUGGCUGAUUCUUCGGGGCGCCCGAAAUUUACUGCUGAUUUCGCGAACCGGAAUACAAAACGGCUAUCAGCGUUCGAGGGUGGAAUUAUGGAAGUCCUACGCGGUAAAUAUUCAAAUCAUUGCAGAGAUUCUAUCUACAAGAACCAAACCGCAGAAGCUUUCGAGGAGUCAUUCAAGCCGAAGGCAAUGGCCNAAGCUCUCGAGGAAGAUAUGCCCCGAUCUCCCACAUUUCGUCGUUUUCUUGUCCGUCUCAUGCGGCCGAGGAAACGCUGGGCAAACUAAUUAUGGAAUGGCUAAUUCAAUCAUGGAGAGAAUAAGCGAGACAAGAGUACAAGACGGAUUACCCGGAUUGGCUAUACAAUGGGGAGCGGUGGGUGAUUUUGGACACUUUGCUGACAUGCAAGAGGACAGUAAGGAACUUAUCAUCGGCGGUACACUGCAGCAAAGAAUACAGUCUUGUCUUGAUUCACUGGACGCUUUUCUGAUGCUGGGUCGACCGAUCGUUUGCAGUAUGGUUGUUGCUGAAAAGCACGCGGGCUUUGGCAGAAUUAUAGAUGUUGAGGAGGCUGUAGCGAACAUCAUGG